UCGCUUCCCCUCUGGGAGCCCCUUUUGCCACCCCUGCGCCUUGCUUCGGGCAAUGCCCGAAAGGGAGCUGUGGCCAGCAGGGCCUGGCUUGGAACCUGUGACCCGCGUCGGCAGCUGCGACAGCAUGAUGAGCACCACCUCCACCCGCUCGGGAUCUAGUGACGGCAUCUAUGACUUCCUGUCGGCUGAGGAGAAGGCAUGUCUACUCUUCCUGGAAGCGGCAAUCGGCUCAUUGGACACAGAAACUGAUAGCGGACUGUCCACCGAUGAGUCUGAGCCAGUUACAACACCCCAAGGCCUCCAAGUGCUGCCUCAAAGCCAACCUGCCCCCAAGGGACAUCCGAAAGAGACGACCAUAGAGCAAAAUCCAGAGCCAAGGACCGAGACUCAGAUCAGCUCAUUCUGUCCUCCUGAGCCCCAAGGUCUGGGCCUCAGGUCUGGCUCCUACAGCCUCCCCCGAAAUAUUGGCAGAAACCAGAACCUCUGGACCAGCAGCAGUAGCCAGCCAAACAGCCACAUCCCUGGAGAACCUGUGGGGCUUGGAGCAGACAAACAGCAGGACAGCCAGUGUGGUGAGCCCAGUCCAGCUCCUGCUGGCCCCCAGGAGGCUGUCCUCGGUUUGGACGUGGCCAUCAUCCCCCCACCGGAGGCUUUCCGGGACUCCCAACCAGAACAGUGUGUGGAAGAGCACCUGUCCAAGCGGCCGGAAGAGCCACGCGACACAUCCCAACUCCACGCGCUGCUGUCCCACCCCCAGAAGAGAGAAGAGACCUCUAAAGAAGCCAUGUCCCAGAAGGCCAAUGAGAAAGGCCCCACAGGGCACUCAGGACCCCUGACAUCAGGAGGUGAUCUGAGUGCCCAGCCAGCUCCCCUGGCAGCCCCUAAGCCCCGAAAGCUGCCACCUAACAUUGUCAUAAAGAGCAGCCGGAGCAGUUUCCACAACCAGCCCCAGAGCUGGCUAUCCCGCCACACUGAAGCUGCGCCUGGAGAGUCUGGACUGGGCUUGUCUUCACUACAAGAGCAGAGGAAAGCCCGCAGAGAGGCGCUGGAGAAGCUGGGACUGCCCCAGGACCAGGAAGAGCCCAGCUUCCACAUGAACAAGCCCACUAGCUCCUUCAGAUUCAAGGAACCCCGUGCUCAGGGCCCUGCCCCAUCCUCAGCAGCAGCACCUGACCUGGCUCCAGCUCAGAGCUCUGCAGCUGCAGGGAAGGCUCUGGCUACAGCUCCAGCAACUCAGGAACCUGCACCAGGGAAGGCUCCAGCUCUUGCUCAGGGAGCUCCCCCAGGGAAGAUUUUGACUCCUGCCCAGGAAGCUCCUUCGGGGAAGAUUUCAGCCACUGCCAAGUCCAUGCCCAUUUCGAUCCCAAAGGCUUCAAGAGCAAAUAAUCAGCCCAAGUCAAACUCAGGGCUAACACUCCAAGAUAGCAGCAUCCCCGGCUUGAGACAGAUGAACUUCAAGUCCAACACUCUGGAACGCUCGGGUGUGGGGCUGAGCAGCUACCUGUCUGCUGAGAAAAACCCCAAUCCCAAAAUCAGCACUUCUCUAGAAAAGAGUUCUCUGUUGGACAAGAGCUCCCCCAGCAUCCUGCGGAAUUCCCGGCCCCGUCCCGCUUCCCUGGGCACCGGGAAGGACUUUGCUGGAAUCCAGGUGGGCAAGUUGGCCGACCUGGAGCAGGAACAGAGCUCCAGGCAUCUCUCCUACCAAGGACAGAGCCGGGACAAGCUUCCCAGACCCCCCUGUGUCAGUGUCAAGAUCUCCCCCAAAGGCAUCCCUGAUGAGCACAGAAGAGAGGCCCUGAAGAAACUGGGACUGCUGAAGGAGUAGGACUGGAAGCCAGUGCUCCCAGCACCAACCGCACCCCUGUUGCCCAGGAAGAGAUGCCAGGCUCUACCUCAGGGCCUCUGACACCUUGCACACAAGCUUGGCCAGAUGUGGGCUGCUCCUCAGAUGAUCUCUGCAUCUCAAGAGAUGGGGAGGGAGAAAUUUGAGUUCGAACAUGCACCUGCAAUGAGUACUUGUUCUCUGGGUUUCUCCAAAGAGAGGGAGAGAGACAGAAAAUGUAGGCCAUGGUAGAUAUUUAUAUGUCACCAUGAGCCUCUAUCCAGAGUUCUGCCCUCCUUGGUGAUUUUCUGAAUCAGAUAUAGUUCAGCCCAGCUGGAACUGAUGGAGAUCAGAAUAAAUGUCACAUGAAUCUACGGGCGUGAUUUCCCUUGCCAGAUCCCUCUCUCAGCUCAGGCUUUCUGGACAAGGACCAGUGUUAAGAGGAGCAGGUUUGCUCUCUUUAAACUCAUUUCCUUCUCAGUAUCACCAGUGCCAAGUGGGAGUCACACUGAUGGAACUAAACCUCUUGGUGGACUAAGAGCAGACAUCUCCCAUUGGUCUGAAGAGGCAGGGUAAGUGGCCACGCACACCCACCUCGCCUGACCCAGGAGGAGUUCUCGGUCACGGGCAGUUCCAUUCAUUCCUUAAUAAACUGUGGCUGUGUGCUGGGACUCUGGUAUUCCUCUUCUUCCCACGUUGCUGCUCCCCAACUCAACACUAUACAUGGCUGACCCGGAGCUGGGUCAACACUGAGAGGGGGAGCCCCACACAGAGACAAUGUAAACACUCAAGAACUGUUUGAGGUCCUGUGUAUGUGUGUGACUGCAGGUCAUUUUCACAUGUCUUGUGUUUGCAGCAGUGGGAAGUCAGCCCAGAGAUUGUAUUACAUUCUCUGCUGGCUGUUCACUGGCUUUCCAAUCUAGACAGUGUCUGAGCAGAGCCUCCCCAUGGGGCAAAGGAACCAUAUCACCCACGAUCACUCAGCCACUUAAUCGUGGAACUGAGACUGGAACCCCGGGUAACCUGAUUCCCUUUCUGCAGGUCCUCAGGGUGCCGCCACCCGCAGUCGGUGCUCCUGAGUAUCUGCUCAGCAGCCCAGAGAUCCAUCACGACUAUCCAGGACUCGACGCUGAGUUCCUGCAAGGUUCUAGACUGUUCUCUGCAGCCUCAGAGAUUAAACAUCAUUCCAGGUAGCAUUUAGUGUUGGGAUGGCUCUUUGCAUUUUAUGGUAACUCAUUCAUAACCAGCACGCUUCUCCACCAACUCCAUGCAUAGUCGUACGGCAUGAACAUGAGCCAAAGGAGGGUCCUGCGGGUGGCAGGGGCUAGUAAACACCAGUAUGAGAUGUGGCUGGACACAACCCCUGCUCCCCUGUAGAAAAUGAACCUGAUUUGUGAGAUCUGGCUGGCAUCCAGGACACCCAACUAUGAGGGGCAGAUAAGGGGGGGAUGUUGGUUAAAAGGUGACCUUUAGGACUGCUGGACAUUUCUGGGUGACAUCCGUAUAGACCCGUCGCUGUCAAAGCUCAGAAUUUAUGAAAAUGACAGGAAGGUUAAGCUAAGGACAACAGAUAGUCCCUCCCUGCUGUGGUAUGUGGGGUGUGGGUGUGGCAGUUUCUGUGUACGUGCACGCCCUUACACCCACAAACCUGGUGCCUCCUUCCUGGCCAUGGCUGAGGAGCUGGUGGGUCACAGCUGAUGGUGGGACUCCCACCACUGGCCCGCUUACAUCUUCUCCCCAGAGGAAGACCAUCUUCUGAAGGCCCUGGGCCGCGUGCUGAGCCCAGCUGGGCUGCAUCAUGUGGGUAGAUUAACACAGAGUUUAUGGCGUGAUUGUUUUAUUCCUUAGUUACUAGCUGCCCUGAUUAGUAGGGAAACAGGAGACUGGCUAUAAAGUGAGCCUUGGUAGGAAUGGGGGAGUCCUGGUACCCACACAAGACUGACCCGUUCAGGUUGGUCAGGAAUUAAAUGCUCAUCCAGACAGGACGGAAAGACCUGCACAUCUGUGCCUGUCCACUGUGCGUCUUCAUCCCAUCUCUCCAGUUUUCUCUGAGCGCUACCCCACCAUGUCCUCAUCUGACCAUUGUCGUCAGAAUUUACAAAUAGAACAAUGAAUCCAAACUUCAUCAUCCUCACUUAGAAGAGGAGCAUGGGGAACCAGUGGGGACAGCUCUUGCCCACAUGGCAUAAUUCUAGCUGUCUUUUGUCUAUAGUAGAUUGUGCUCCAUUUGGCUUAAAUUGAUAGAGUGGGAGGGAUGUCAGAGUUGCUUUUAUCCCCUUUCAAAUAAUUUUGCACGAAUGUUUGUAAGACCAUCCGUUUGCUUUUAGAAACCAAAGCCAUAG